UCCACCCCUCUUUCUCUGUACUCUCAUUCCAUUAGGUCCUCACAACACACACACACACCACAGCCAUCGAAAGCCUCUUCUCCUCCACCACAGCAGAGGAUCAGAGGAAGAGAAGUGACGGACGAGCAACACCAGCAUCCCUGACAAACAUCUCCCUCACGCGGGAGGAGAGAAGUGGUGGGAGGAGGCAAAAUAACUGAGAGACAGAAGUUUUUAGUUGGGGAGAAGACCAGUGAGAGGGGAGUUGGGAGUUAAAGCUCAGUGUGGUCAGGAGCUCCUUUCCCCCCCUUUUUUUUCUUUUUGCGGUUGUCAGCGCUGUCUGGCUCCUCUCUUCUCUCCCUCUCUCUCUUCCUUCACCUCCUUCUUUUCAUCCUACUCUUCUCUGCUCCCGACUCUCCUCCCCAUCUCCCGCCGUGGGGUCUCAGCUCUCCAUCUCCCUUCCCCCCUCCCUGGCUCCCUACCUCCCCCGGGCGCUGCUGGGAGCCUCCGGGCUGCUGCGCCGCAGGAGGAUGUCUCGCAGGGAGUCUCCACCACCUCCCUCGCCUCCUCCACAGCUGCUGGGGGUGCAGAGGGGGGAGUGUGAGGAUCGCCCAGAGCGCGCAGAGCCGAUCACGGACGCUGAGAGGGAGAUCAUCCAGGACACGUGGGGACACGUCUACAAGAACUGUGAGGACGUGGGGGUGUGUGUGCUCAUAAGGUUCUUUGUCAACUUUCCAUCAGCGAAACAGUAUUUCAGCCAGUUUCAGCACAUGGAGGACCCUGAGGAGAUGGAGCGUAGCAGCCAGCUUCGACAUCAUGCCUGCAGGGUCAUGAACGCCAUCAACACUGUGGUGGUCAACCUGCAUGACCCAGAGAAGGUGUCAUCAGUGCUGGCUUUGGUGGGAAAGGCCCAUGCUAUCAAACACAAAGUGGAGCCCAUGUACUUCAAGAUCCUGUGCGGAGUGAUACUGGAGGUGUUGUCUGAAGAAUUCCCGGAGUUCUUCACAGCAGAAGUGCAGGUGGUGUGGACCAAACUGAUGGUCGCAUUGUAUUGGCACGUGACAGGGGCCUACACUGAGGCUGGCUGGCUCAAGGUCUCCAGCUCGGCGGUUUGAAGAGUGAGGAAGAAGAGGGGUAAAGGAGUUUUCGAUAUAGAGCAAAGAAAUAAAAAUGACCUGUGUUUGAUAAAAUGUGGAGGGGGAGUUUUACGAGGAUGGUUUCACAGACAUGGAUGAGAUUAACGUGGUAAUCCAUGCAACAUUGUUUCUUGUUUUGGUCGCAUUGUGGUGCUAAGCAUUCGCAGCCAAAGUGUUCAUACACUGCAGAGGUCAGCUGACAUCAAACCAUGUAGCCAGACAUAAACUUACUCUUCCAUUUCAGCUUAUGUAAGUGGUGCUUUGGUGUGUUUUCACAGAAGAGGCUAUCGCUGCUAAAGCUGACUAUCAGUUUGUUUACGGUUAAUUCUAGUUGCUGCCAAAAGUGUAUAAAUCAUUACUCUGUGUGUAGCAAUGAGCUCUCUUUUCUGCCAAGUAUCAGACAAACAACUCUUAAAGCUUUAAUGAACCGAAAGAUUUAAUUACAUUUUUGUUUUUAUGACCUUUCUUAUCCCCCUGUCUUAAAGCCUGUUGAGUUUUCCACUUCAGUAAAGCACGGAUGCAGUUUAAAAUGAUAACAGUCACAGAAAUGACGAUUAUAAAUAAUAAACACAAAAGUUUGCUGACAGUAUUUAAAACUGCAAACGUUUAAAAGUUGCACAUUUAAAACACAAUUACAUGAUCUCUCCAUUCUGA